GCGGCGGGCGCGGGCGGCCGAGCGGAGCCGAGCGGAGCCGAGCCGGGCCGAGCCGGGCCAAGCCGGGCUGUGCCGGGGCCCACUAUAGCAGGCACGAUGCGGGCAGCUGAGCAGGGGUCGGCGGGUCCCUGAGCCCCGUGCACCGGGCAACGAGGGGAGCCCGGCGCAGCGCCCGCGGCCUCCCGCCAUGGCCGGGGUCAGCUACGCGGCGCCCUGGUGGGUGAGCCUCCUGCACCGGCUGCCGCACUUCGACCUGCGGUGGGAGGCCACCAGCAGCCAGUUCCGGCCCGAGGACGCCGACUACCAGCAGGCGCUGCUGCUGCUGGGGGCCGCUGCCCUGGCCUGCCUGGCCCUGGACCUCCUCUUCCUGCUCUUCUAUUCCUUCUGGCUGUGCUGCCGGCGGAGGAAGACAGACGAGCACCUGGACGCUGACUGCUGCUGCACGGCCUGGUGCGUCAUCAUCGCCACGCUGGUCUGCAGCGCUGGCAUCGCAGUGGGCUUCUACGGCAACGGGGAGACCAGCGAUGGCGUUCAUCGAGCCACCUACUCCCUCCGCCAUGCCAACCGCACAGUGGCAGGGGUCCAGGACCGCGUGUGGGACACGGCCGCGGCCCUGAACCGCACAGUGGAGCCAAACCUGCAGAGCCUGGAGAGGCAGCUGGCCGGGCGGCAGGAGCCACUGAGGGCUGUACAGCGGCUGCAGAGCCUGCUGGGGACACUGCUGGGCUACACCGCUGCCAUCCCCUUUUGGAGGAACCCCGGGGUAUCGCUGGAAGUGCUGGCUGAGCAGGUGGACCUCUAUGACUGGUACAGGUGGCUGGGGUACCUGGGCCUGCUGUUGCUUGACGUCAUCAUCUGCCUGCUGGUGUUGGUGGGCCUCAUCCGAAGCUCCAAGGGUAUCCUGGUUGGGGUCUGCUUGCUGGGUGUCCUGGCCCUGGUCAUCAGCUGGGGUGCUCUGGGCUUGGAGCUGGCCGUGUCUGUGGGCUCCAGCGACUUCUGUGUAGACCCUGACACCUUUGUGACCAAGAUGGUGGAGGAGCACUCGGUACUGAGUGGGGAGAUUUUGCAAUACUACUUGACUUGCUCGCCCCGUGCCACCAACCCCUUCCAGCAGAAGCUGUCUGGCAGCCACAAGGCUCUGGUAGAAAUGCAGGAUGUCGUGGCCGAGCUGCUGAGGACUGUCCCGCGGGAGCACCCAGCCACCAAGGAUCCUUUGCUCCGGGUCCAGGAAGUGCUCAAUGGCACGGAAGUGAAUCUCCAGCACCUUACCGCCCUGGUGGACUGCCGGAGCUUGCACCUGGACUAUGUCCAGGCACUGACAGGCUUCUGCUAUGAUGGUGUUGAGGGCCUCAUCUACCUGGCCCUCUUUUCCUUCGUCACAGCCCUCAUGUUCAGCUCCAUUGUCUGCAGCGUUCCACAUACCUGGCAACAGAAGAGUGCCAAUUUCCAGAAUCCCCGCUGUGAGAACACUCCCCUCAUUGGGCGCGAGUCCCCACCGCCCUCAUACACCUCCAGCAUGAGAGCCAAAUACCUCGCCACGAGCCAGCCUCGCCCCGACUCCAGCGGCAGCGGGCACUAGACCGCACACCGACCAGCCAUCUGCCCCCACGUGCCAAUUGCCCCACCCUUCCUCUGCCAGCACUGCUGCUUCUGCCCCGCCGGACCCUCUGCAAGCCACACUGGGCCAGCCCUAGGCACAUCUGAUGGCCCCGCUAUCCCCACCCUGCAGGAGGCAUGGAGGUGCCCAGCAUGAGCUCCGGGCCAGCCUGAGGAGUGAGGCUUCUGGGGCUGGUGGACAGACACUGCCACCAGCAACCCGGCCCUGCCUGCCUCCGUCUCUCUCUGUCCGUCCUUUCUCUUGGGUUCUGAGCCCUGCUGUGCCAGGUGCUCCCGCCCCACCUUCCUUCCACAGGUGACCCUCCACGCUGCCCCUUGCACUCUGGGCGCUGCCUUCCCUCCAGCUGCACCGAGCCUUUCGUGGCAUUGCCCUGGCCCCUGACUCCUCUGAGGAUCACUUCUCCGUUCCUAGGCAGUGGAAGCCCCUGUGCCUGACACCUGCCCGCUCCUCACCUACAGCUUCACACACUCUAGUCUUUGCAACGCCCAGCGCCUGCCUUCUCUUAUCCACCUGGCUUACUUGGCCUUUCCUGUCAGUUCUGCGCUGCCUCCAGGGUGGGGCUCUUCCUACCUUCCUGCCCAUGUGACUCCUUCUCCGGACAGCAGGUGCCAUGCAGAGCCCAGGUUACUCCCUGGCCUCUCAGUGUUGGCCACCUUCUUGGUGCCAAACCCUCUUUCCCAAUCAUCCCUAGAGAGCGGCAGCUUUGUCCCGUUUGGUUUUUUUUUGCACUGACCACAUUUGUCAUCUCCAGGGCAGUCUGGGACACAGGCGAAGCAAGACGCUGACCCACUGCCACCCCUUCUUAGUUUCCUUUUCGCCAGGACAAGCGGCAGUGCCCUCUGGAGCCCAACUUUGGGGGCUGGACCUGGGGUGGCUGGGAAUGUGCCCCCAGCCUCAGAAUGCCCCUGUUGGGACUAACCACUAACCUCACUCUCAGCUGCCACGGGCACUCCCGGCUGACCCUGAGCCAGCAAGCGGUGACCCUCCGUCUAGCCUGGAGCCAGGGCUAGGAUGGUCAUUUCUUUGUGGGGUGCUGCCAGGGAGGGGCCAGACCCACAGGCAACUCAAAGGGCCUAGAGACCCCUCCCCAGGCAGGUGCUGCCCCCGGAGGAGCGUGUCCUGGGGACUGGGGACUGAGGUCCAUGUGGCCUCAGUUGUCUCCCCAACCAACCCCAGAACACCGCUUGCCUAAGGUGCUUUUGGCUUUAGUGUAUGAUGUUUGCUGUGCUUCCUGCUGUGAGGGGCCUAGUCGGCUCCCAAGUCAGCACUCAGAGCCUCUACCCUGGCCCAGCCAGCCAGCGUGAGCUCUGAUGUGUGGGACGGGCAGCUACCUGACCGGGGCCUUGGAGCAUGCGCGGAGGCCAAGGCUGGGGCCCUGUGGCAGUUGGUUUACAGACCUGUGGUCCUCCUGGAGCAAGCUGGCAGCUAUGGAUCCCAGAACCCCGGGCUUCGGCUCUUCCCAGAGGGGAGAGGCUCCACGUUGCUUUCUUUCUCAAACAGCCCUUUCCUUGGGCUGGUGUCUGGGACCAAAAGGAGGGGCAGAGGACUCACAGGGCUUUGGGGUCCCUCUGGGCAUCUGCAGCUCCUGAGCGUGACAGAACCUCAGCAGAGGGGACCCCAUCCUUGGCUCCAACUGGCCUGGGGCCUGGAACCUACAGGGCCAUGGAGGCCCAGCUGAGCCAGUCUGCUGUGUGCGCGCUCCUGGCCUUGGGUCCAGAGGGAGGCAUGGGGCACCCCCGUCUGGGUACCGGUGUGUGCCCUGGGGCCUCUCAGAAGCACAAAUGCUGUCCCCCUGGCCACGAGCUGGCCACAAGGUGAAUGUAUAUAGCAUGAGAGGCGGGCACUGCCCAGACGUGGCUGUGAACUUGUGCUGUGUUGGGAGUCCUGACCGUCGCGUGCGUGCGUGCCCACAUCUGUGACUUCACUCACCGAGGCUGAAGAGAGGAAGCAAGGGGAAAUGAAAAGGGGGUUCCCACCCUGAGCUCUGCAGAGGAGAUGGCUCCUGCCACUGUGGUUUGUUCCGUUUCAUUUUCUGAUUUUUGGGUGCCACCUGUCUACCCAAUCCCAGUGAUCCCUCCGCAUCUCCAUGGGGUAAGCAGUCCAGUGCCAGCCGCCUGUGAUUGGUCCCCACUCCCUCUUACCCCAGGUGACCCUAAGCUCUGGUGGGUAACAAGGAGGGCUGAGCCACCAAACCAGAGGAGGGAUCUGGCUGGCCAAGCAAUGCUGAUAGGGCUGGUGGCCAACCAUCCCCCACAAACACUCCUGUUUAUGUAAGUCAGAGCUAAAGUAGCAGAUCCUGGCCCGGAGUGUCCUUCAAACCCUCUGUCUACCCGCCCACCCUGUCGCACUAUGCAAUUCCUGCCCCAGCUCCAAUGCCUGCUCUGCCCAGCACAGAGGGUGGUUAGCUCCUGGGCCAAAGGUGACCAGGGUCUCUCAUUGGUUUUUAACCACAGUGGUGGUGUGCCACUCCCUUUUUCGUGUAUUUGAUUUUUGUACGAUUUGCCUCCUGGUUACUGUCCCUCUGCCUGCAUCUGCCCCCAGUGGACUAUGUCAUCUGACUCGAGCCAGCCCCGAGUUCCCCUCCAGCCUCCGUAGGGCCAUGGCUGUGUGUUACUGUUGCUGUGUUUUCAGUUUUUAAACUGGGUUUGGGGUUUGAUUUUUAUUUCUUCGGGGAACUUUAUUUUUCUUGGCAAAUAACUAAAGUUCUUGUCCAUGUAAUUUCUGUGGUCUCUAUUCAGCUUGGGUUUCAUGUUUUAAAAUAAACAAUUUUAAAAAACA